GGCGUGGAUGGGGCUGGCAUGCGAUUGGCUGCCGGCCGAAUCCACGGGCAGGUCCCGCACAAUGGACUCGGCUGCCGAGGACAGUGUUUAUCAGUGCUGACUUUGAGCAGUGGGAAAAAAGUAGAGGACUCAAGAAACGCCCAGCAAUGAGUGGAAGGCAGUGAGGAGCAGCACACUGACCCAGAGUCAGUGACACUUCAGGGACAGGAAAACCCUUCUGGGACCCACGAUGCCUGUGCCCCACCUUCUGGAGUAUCCGGCCCAGCCAGGCGGCCCACAGGCACUGUGUCUCCCCCUGGAUUUUGCGCUGGGAGCCCUGGCGUGUUGCGGGGCCUGUGUGUUCACCAACCCACUGGAGGUGGUGAAGACGCGGCUGCAGCUGCAGGGAGAGCUGCGUGCCCGGGGGUCCUACCCGCGGCAUUACCGCGGGGCCCUGCAGGCCCUCUGGCUGGUGGGCCGCACCGACGGGCUCCGCGGCCUGCAGAAGGGGCUGUCGGCCGGGCUGCUCUAUCAGGCCUGCAUGAACGGGGUCCGCCUGGGCUUCUACUCCUACGCCGAGGCAGCAGGGCUGACGGCAGGCCCUGGGGGCAGCCUGCUGGUGGGGGCCACUGCCGGGGCACUGGGGGCCUUCGUGGCGUCACCCGCUUACCUGGUGAAGACCCAUCUCCAGGCCCAGGCGGUGGAAGCCAUUGCUGUUGGCCACCAACACAACCACCAGGGGGUGUCGAGUGCAUUUGCCACCAUUUACCGGCGAGAAGGCGUGAUCGGGCUGUGGAGAGGUGUGAACGGGGCAGUGCCCAGGGUCAUGGUGGGGUCGGCAUCGCAGCUUGCCACUUUCAGUUCUGCCAAAGACUGGGUCCUGCAGACUCAGUGCUUCAGUCCACACAGCUGGCUGAUUGCUUUGACAGCUGCCACUAUCAGUGGAAUCGCUGUGACAUUCACAAUGACUCCAUUUGAUGUCAUUAGCACACGACUAUAUAACCAGCCUGUGGAUGAGCUGCGAAGGGGGCGCCUGUACAGUGGCUUCGUGGACUGCUUACUGAAAGUGUGUCAGACUGAGGGGCCUUUGGGCCUCUAUAAGGGUAUGGGUCCGGUGUUCCUGCGCCUGGCCCCCCAUACCGUCCUCAGCAUGCUGUUCUGGGACCUGAUGAGGCAGCGAGCCUUUCAGUACUACGAGAAUCCCGAACGCGACUGAGGGCGGUGUUCUGGAGCGCAUGCGCACUGGGCAGGAGUAUCGACUGAGACGUGAAGCGGUGGUCCGGGAUGGGGGGAGGUUGGGUAAAUGAAUAGGGAUCAAAUAACAGGGGUAGUUUGAGUAUCGAUGUAGGGUUUGAAGAUGCAGAGAGAUCGUAAUAGAUGUUAAGACUGCCCGUGAUUUAGUAGUUUCCCGUAAAACCGGUCAGAUAGACUCCAAUCAAGUGGAACUCCGGUUCAUUGCACUUAAUACAUAAUGUAGCGUUAACUUUUGAUACCAAACAUUUUCAGUUACCGCGAAUAAUGUUACGCUAGUAGCUGGGCUUUAAAGUGUGGUGUCAAAAUAAGUUUAGUUCGUUUUGACGAAACUAACUUAGUAACAUUAAGAAAGGUUUAUUAUAUGCCAGAGAUUAACAUUUUAAAAUGUUCUGUUAAAUAGAACAUUUUAAUUCUGACGGUUUUCCUGGACAGAGCCAGUGCAGGAAAGCUGAUAAUGCUGAUGAUGAAAGCUGGAGAUCGUUGUAAUUCUCCAUGUUUCAGCUUUUUGAAAUGUUCUCCAACAUCGAUCAGCCCGCCCCCCGGGGCUUUGGGCUGAACACUAACCUCUGACCCAGCACACGGGUGUGUCUCAUGUUAUUAUGGGAUGCCGGAAAUCUGCAAUAGGCCUAAUCCGCGUGCCUGUUUGUUCGUAUUGUGUGUAUCUGUAGUCGGACUUUCCCAAAUGCCAUUUAAUAAUAAAACAUCAAAUGAACUCGAAA